UUCUUGUCAUUCUCUCGCGCACUCAAACUAAGUCAGUUGCGUUGAGCACCUUGCCGAAAGAUGAACUUGCUUGUAGUUAGUGGACUUUUGCUCGCUGUUCUGACUGUGCAAAUCGUUCAAGGAGAUGAAAGAAUACGCUUUCCGCAAGAUGAGCCGGAAAGGACUUUUGAUAAGCCCAGACCCACCGUAAAUCCCGUUCGAAGAAUUUCAAACUGUGAAACAUCAACUACGAAAAAGAAAGUUCUCGUGUACGAUUCCGAAACGGAUUCUUGGGAUGACUCUGAUCUAAUAAGUCCAACGAAUAGUAGAGUACCUUGUACCGACCAUGGAUCCAGUCUCGGCUCGGCCAACGAGGGUCUGAGGCCUGCGGUUCAGGAAGCUCGACCACCGCGAUGCGGCCCUCCGAAGCAGCUUCUGGUGUACGAUUCGGAUACCGAUUCCUGGGAGGAAGCCUUGUUGAAGAAUUGUUAGUUUCUUUGGCUUGUAGUUGAAGUGAUUUGUGACAAACUAAGAACUAAGUUUUACAGAAAAAAAACCUUAUGACUGAUGGCAGGUUCAAAGUGUCUGUUAUGUUAUGAACUUCCGAAGGCAAUCACGUUUGUUGAUUGAUAGUGUAUAAUAAACAGCGCAAUCCUCACAGUUGGGAAUUCCCAAAUAAAUUCUGUGUGAGUGCUGA